GCGGAAGCGGCCGCGACGGCCUCGAUGGCGGCUCCCUUGGCAACGGGCGCCGCGAGGGAGCUUUGAGGAGGAGGAGGAGGAAGGGAGGGUCUUCCAUCGCCGCAGCGCCGGCGGCCAGGCCCGAAGGGAUGGCGGAGAAGUUCGACUCCCUGGAGGAGCACCUGGAGAAGUUCGUGGAGAACAUCCGGCAGCUGGGCAUCAUCGUCAGCGACUUCCAGCCCAGCAGCCAGGCGGGCCUCAACCAGAAGCUGUGAGUGCCCCCCCUCCUCUCUCUGCGCCCCCAGAGCUACCUGCUCCGAAGGCUCGGGGGUGGCGAGAGCAGUUAUUGUGGGGAGCGGCUGUUUCCUUGUGCGCCAUUAUACCCUAGUGGGUUAAUCGACUGUCGCUUUAUUUGAUAUUAAGUUGUCGAUGUUAAUAAUAAUAAUAAUAAUAAUAAUAAUAAUAAUAUUUUUUUAAAUGAUAUUUAUUAGAGUUUCCAAUAAAAAGAACACAUCAAUUAAAAAGAAUUAAAAAGAAAAAAGAAAAAUACACAGUUCAAAAAUACACAAUACAUAAUCCAAAAAAAACAAAAGACAAAAAAGAAAACAGUUAAAAACAAUGCCACCUUUUCAUCACCACUUUUAAAUUUACUUAUUUUCUGGACCUCCUCAUACCUCCCUCUUUUGUAUUCCAGUUCAAUUUGUUUGUCCAGCAAUUUCUUUCCCUCUUUUUUAAUCCCAAUCCUUAAUCUUAAUAUAAUAUAACAUUAAAUUUUUACCUCUUAAAGGCCAAAUUUCCAUUUCCUUUAACUUUUUAAAUCCUAAUCCUUAAUCUUGAUCUAUAUAUAACUUUAAAGCCUGUAUAGCUAGAAGCCACUUAUUUUCAAUCCAACAUCACUCUAACAUUCUUUAAUUUUGCAAUGUUUCUGCAGAUAAUCUUUGAAUUUCUUCCAAUCUUCUUCCACCGACUCUUCUCCCUGGUCACGGAUUCUACCAGUCAUUUCCGCCAGAUCCAUAUAGUCCAUCAGUUUCAUCUGCCAUUCCUCCAGUGUGGGAAGCUCUUGUGUCUUCCAAUACUUUGCAAUGAGUAUUCUUGCUGCUGUUGUUGCGUACAUAAUAAUAAUAAUAAUUUAUUUGUACUCCGCCCAUCUGGCAGGGUUUCCCCAGCCACUAUGGGCGGCUUCCGCAAAGACCAAAAAUACACUAAGAUGUCACACAUUAAAAACUUUCCUGAAGAUGCCUUAAGAUGUCUUCUAAAUGUCAGGUAGUUGUUUAUCUCUUUGACAUCUGAUGGGAGGGCGUUCCACAGGGCGGGUGCCACUACCGAGAAGGCCCUCUGCCUGGUUCCCUGUAGCUUUGCUUCUCGCAAUGAGGGAACCGCCAGAAGGCCCUCGGUGCUAGAUCUCAGUGUCCAGGCUGAAUGAUGGGGGUGGAGAUGCUCCUUCAGGUAUACUGGGCCGAGGCCGUUUAGGGCUUUAAAGGUCAACACCAACACUUUGAAUUGUGCUCGGAAACGUACUGGUUGAUUUUAAGUCAUUUUCAUGAAUUGAUUGUGGUUUACUCGUGUCAGGUUGCCAAAAGAUGUGUGAUCUUGUAUAUUUUUCCCCUCUGCACUUUGCCCUGCAUGCGGUCAUAUAGAAAACGUAAUCUGGUUAAGAUUCUCUGUUUGUGGGAUGCUCUUUCCCCAGGGAGGCUCGCCAGGCGCCAUUGUUGCGUAUCCUCAGGUCCCAGGUGAAAACUUACCUCUUAACCCAAGCCUUUGGCUUCUUAAUCUAUGUAUUUUUAUUAUUACGUUUAUAUCCCACUUUUCCUCCCAGUAAAGGAGCUCAGGGUGUCCUGCACAGUUCGCCUCCCUCCCCAUUUAUUCUCACAACAAUCCUGUGAGGUAGGCUAGGCUGAGAGACUGUGACUGGCCCCACAAGCUUCAUGGCCAAGUGGGGAUUCGAACCCUAGUCUCCCAAGUCCUAGUUAGCACUCAGACGACUACAUCACACAGCCACUGUGGCCUUUUAGAAGUGGGUGGAAUGUUUUUCAUUGUAUUCCCCCACUCCAUUGGUCUUAAUGUAUCUAUUGGGGUUUGUUUGUUUGUUUGUUUGUAAGUCACUUUGGGUGGCCUUGGGCAAGAUAAUGCAACGUCAUUCCGUUUGUGUACAAUCUUUUUGACAUCGGUUUGGAGAGCGUAUGCAUGGGUAUGUAUUCCUGGAUUUUGCUCCUACAGGAAGUAGCGAUGGCCACUAUCUUGGAUGGCAUGGUUUCAAAAGAGGAUUAGACAGAAUCAUGUAGGAGAAAGAAAUGUUCUGUUUCCACUGUUGGAGACUGUAUGCCCCUGAAUACCAGUUCUUGGAAGCUACAAAUGUGAAAUUACACACAUAUUCUGCUUUGUCAGCUUCCAAUAGGUACUUGGUUGGCCAUUAUGAGAGUAGGAUGCUGGACUACAUGGGCUAUUGGCCUGAUCCUGCAGGCUCUUCUUGCAUUCUUACUCCUGAAAUUGUCUUUAAUUAGACAGCUGGUAGUCAGAAGUCUAUAAACAUGGAGGUUCCAUUGCUGGUCAUUGCUAAUAGAUGAAAGGUCUGUAUGCAUAUUCUUUUGAAAAGUCACCUCCUCUAUGGAUUUAGAGGAGGGAGGGAUUGAGAUCUGCCAGUAUUUGGUUUUCCAGAUUGUUCUUUUUAUUUUUGAGAAUGCUCUUUUUGUGUCUUUUAAAAAUUACUUAUAGGAAUACAGACUAGUGUGACUAUUGUUGUGACUAUUGUCUUAGUAGUUCUGGGAAUGAAUAAACCUAUGUUUCCUUCUCCUAGGAAUUUUAUGGUUACAGGCUUGCAAGAUGUUGACAAGUGCCGGCAGCAGCUUCAUGAUAUUAGUGUGCCUUUGGAAGUCUUCGAGUAAGUGUUUAACUUCACAUGGUUACAGGCAAUACUUAUCUCCAAAGCCUUGGGAAAAGUAUCUCGGUCUUCUUCAUCUUAAUGAUUUUGAUGAGCAGGGCUAGAAAGCAAACUUCUGUACACUACACAGCAUAGUAGAAUCAUAGAAUCAUAGAGUUGGAAGAGACCACAAGGGCCAUCGAGUCCAACCCCCUGCCAAGCAGGAAACACACAGUAGUAGUACUGAAGAGUGGUACUAAACUCUUCUGGUACUAAACUCUCUUCUGGUCUUUAAGAAGCAUCUUGCAGAAUAUUAUUUCACACAUUUUCUCAGUUUUUCUCCCCUCAGGUAUAUUUCUGGGAAUAGUUUGGCUUUCAGCAUCUGUUUAAAAAGGCAGUUCUUGUAUGUUGAUGCUAACUGAGCUAGGUGAACUUGUCGUAGUGCUUCUUAAAGUAGCCUGUAUAUUCAGUAUCGAUGUAAAAAUGUCAGCAACAUGUUCUUAGUUGCAUAUCUAAUACAUAAUCUAGUGUGUCUUGUUUUAGAAAGUGUUGUGAAUAGAUGAUCUAUAUGUCUGUUUUACACUGUAUGGAAACCCAUCUAUCAAACCUGACAUACGAUUUAUUUCCUCAGAUAUAUAGAUCAAGGCCGUAAUCCCCAACUUUAUACUAAAGAGUGUUUGGAAAGAGCUCUUGCUAAAAAUGAACAGGUGAAGGGCAAAAUUGACACCAUGAAGGUAAGAUAAAGGUGUUUCUCAAAUAACAUGUAUUCACUAAUAGAUAAAUAGUCUCACUAAGAUGAAACACAAAAUAUAUAGCAAAGUUAUUGGACUUGAUAGGCUUUGCCUAUAUAUUGGCAGUCUUCACCGAUUAUAUCUGAAGGAUCAAAUUCUGUAACAAGAAUUCAAAGUGUAUUUAGAAAUUAAGAAUGGUCUGCAAAUUGCAACUGAUUGAUAGUACCUAGAGUUUUCACAAUCUGAGAGUGUUUCUAGAUCCAGUUUUGUCAUUUGAGGUUAACUGGUCCAGGCUUGGACCAUCUGAAGUAACUGCAGCAGCUGUGACCUUUGCUGGACAAGGAUCCUCUCUGCCACUCCUACCUAUACUCCAGUAAUUUCCUGGAUUGCAUUGAUAUAAUGCAAGGUUACCUUUUGAAAACGAUUCAGAGCUGCAGUUCAAAGUAUAGCUCACCCAGGUAGCCCUGACAUCUGAAGGAAGGCAUGCGAUGACUUUAGAAACAGGAUCACCUUAGCUGUGGCACAUUGCUUAUGAAGUGUAGUUAUCCGCCGCUAGGAAGGCUCCCUUGGGCCUACAUUGUCUUUUCGUUACUAGGCAAUUUAAAAAAUAUGCUAAGUCUUUAAUCUUUGGUUCAUUAUUUUAAUCUUGCUGUUAACUUGAUUUUUAUUUUAUAAGCCACUCUGGUGGGGUGUGUGACAAUGCAGUGUAGUAUAUCAUUCUGAAUAAGCUUUCUAAAGACUAAGUUAAAAUAUUAAUUUGGCUCUAGAUGAAAUGAAUCGUGUGACUUGUUUUUAUUGUAUUUAUUUUUAAAUUUGUAUGGUGCCCUACAUUUGUAUAUCCAAGGGCAGUUCACAACAUAAAAAUACAAGAUAAAAAACACAAAAUUCAUAAUAAAAACAAGAACAAAACUAAAACGUUAGUCCCCCUCCCCACCUCCUCCCAAAACAAGUUUAAAAGGGCAUCAGAUGUUAAUCAGCCAAAUGGCUUGUUGAAGAGGAACAUUUUCACCUGGCUCCUAGAGGUGUGUAAUGUAGGCACCAGCCUUCCAUUUGCCUUAGGGAUCUUUGGACAUUUCCCUUCAAGAAGGCGCUCCCUGGGCUACAGUGGCAAACUGCUUUGGAAACUGAAUGGAGCUCUCAAAGGACUUUGUUAACCUUCUUGGGUGCAAGCUGCAACCUUCUGAUUACAAUAAGUUAUAAGCACCACUGUGUGGGUACAGAGUAGGGUGGGGGUUUCAUGUACAUUCACCAGGUGUGUAGAGUGCAUUUGUGCCUGAGAUACUAUAAAGUAGGGCAGUAGUAGCUUGAUCAAGUCUUUACGUACUUUCUGUCAAAUAAAACUGCUGACACAUGGUGGUCUUGGUUGUUGGGCAGGUACUGCUGCUAAUACUAUCUCCCUCCUACCCUCAGUGCUAAUAAAAGGCCCAGUUUCCCUGCUUGACACUUUUUCUUUUUCUUCUUAGAAAUUCAAAAGCCUAUUGAUUCAAGAGCUGACUAAAGUCUUCCCAGAGGACAUGGCCAAGUACAAAGCUAUUCGCGGUGAAGAUUCAUCUCCUUAAUUACAUUCUGUAUUGUACUGUGUUCUUCUCCAGACACCGCUGAUAGGUUAUUGUGGCAAUAUUUGACAUAGCCAGAGGACUGAAAGUGCUGUAUCCACAGAAGCAUUGAUUAAAUGUUUUGUUUCUUGGAAAAGAUGCAAGCUGAUUCUCCCGUACAACAUCUGAAGUCAUUCAGGUUUCUAAGGACUUCAGUAAGAAGCCAACAACUGUGAAACAGUCUUUAAGGGGACUUCCGGCUCAUAUGUGAACUCAAGCCUAUCAACAUUGCUUUUUGUAAGAUCCCAUUUUGCAUUACUUAGCAUAUAUCUUUCUUAUAUAAAGUGGGGUCAGGCAGCUAUAUGUCUGCUGUUGAAGCUCUGCCACCUACCAAGUGGAGAAGCAGAAUAGUCGCUGUAAUCUCUCUUCCUGGGUAAUUAAUAGGUUUGUCCAUACUUUUUCAUUAUACCUUGGUCUGCAGGAAGAGUAGAAUGAUUCUAUGAUGCUAUAUGAAAGAAUAAACAAGAACAUUUGCAAUAUUGUGCAUGUGCAGUUGAUAUAUUCUUUAUAACCUGCUCGGUUUUGUAUGGUUAAUGCAAAAACCAAGCUUCUGAUAUUGAAUUAGGUUGUAGCCUUGCUGGAUUAAAUUUGUAUAGUAAAGUUGUUUAUUUCCCCCCGCCUCCAAACUUCCAUACGGUCUCUUGGGCUUUUUGCACGGUAGAUGAGAAAUGUCAAUCUACAUUUUAAUCAUCAAAGGUAUUUACAUGCUAUACCUUGUGGGCGGCAUCUAAUUCAUAUCCAUCUGCUGCUGGAAGGCAUCAGUCAGUGUAAUGGAGGAGGUAGUUUGUGGGGGUUGGUGGAGGGAUACACCCUUACUAAGAUAUGGCAGCUAUAAACUAGCUCAUACUUGUAUCUUCAUUACUCUGCAACUGUAGCAGUCAGUGCUGAUUUGCAUAGCUAUCAAAUGUACUGUAUAUGAAAAGGUCUAAUCCCUUUUCUAAUGAAGGUGGGGGAGGGAUAGAUGCUUGACAAUCUAUGCAUUGGAUAAAGUGCCUGGUUUUGGUGGAGCUGGUUUAUACCAUUCAUACAAACAAUUUUUUACUAGUUCAUAUGUCCAGUUGUUCAAGGCCUUAGAGAGAAAGGUGGAGCUUCACCGCAUGAUCACCUAUAGGCAAUCCUCACACAAUGUUGGUAACCAGGCAAGCACUCUCAAAUAGUGGAAAUAAGCUCUUCAUCUAUAUGAUUCAUCAGUUAUAAUAGAGGGUCUGAAGCAAAGUGCAGGUAUGAUUAACCUGGAAGUAUUGACUUGCUGUUUGUCAUAUUGCUCUGUGAAAAUAGUUCUGGGGCUGUUCAAAUUAUCUGCAUUUGUACCCAUGUCCUGUAUUAUGUGGGGCAGACCCUACACAGCUCCCCAUUACUUCCAUCCCAUAUAGAUUCUAGUCUUUUCUCUCACACCCUGAUACAAUUCUUAGUAAUUUCUAUGCUGUUCCUCUUUCAUUUUCUCUCUUUUCACCCUACCCUCACCAGAAAUUGUAGAUCUCUUAUCUCUUUUCCCUGCCCCCCGCCCUACCCAAACUGUGUGUUAAAAUGUGGGGAUGAGCUUGUUGUGAAACAGCAGAGUGCCAUUUUUCCUGAACAAGUUAACAUCAGCAAUUUUAAUAAUCACUGUAAUUGUCAGUGUGUUCAGGACUAGUGCCAGCUUGGGAGUGGCAGAGCUUGGCAUGUUGCCAUGACUGGCCCCUGCCUGGUACUAAUGCCCAUCAGAACCCCCAAACAGGGCACUGCUACUGCACACAACCCCCUUCUUCACAGAUGUGCUUAUUGGCAGUGGUGCUUAUUAUGGGAGCCAGUGAGCACUGGCUUGGUUCCCUUAUGUGAUGGGCAACUGCCAUGUUACGUUUCCUGAGAUGUGAUGUCUAAUAUGAUGCCCGCUUUCCAUGAAAGAGAGCAACGGCAGUGCUUGACUCCCAUAAAAGAUUUAUCUCUGACAAAUGCAGAAAGGAAAUUAUAUUCAAAGUGUCUUAUGCUAUGUUAAUGUAAUAUUUUAAUUUGAAGGGGAAAAAUACACCCUCAUUAACAACCACUGCAAGAGGUUAUUGAAAUCCACACGAGGGCUAGUGAACCUCUGGGGUGCAGAGGAGCAGAAAAGAUUUCCUGACACAAUUUUUUAGGUCUCUUCAGCACUGGCUGAAGAGACCUGUUCAUUCACCCAGUUUUCCCCCCUUAAAACAACAACAACAACAACUCCUCACUUUUCACAGCUCAGGCCAUUCAGUUUUAAACAGUGUUUUAACUUUUCAUUUUUAAAAAUGUGUUAAUCCAGUGGUGUUUGUUUUACAGAUGACUCUUGUUUAUGGGAUGACUAGAUAAAUGCCCCAAAUAAAUUGAUAUGUAGGGAGCUUUCCCAUGAAUUAGACAUAACACGCUCUUUCCCCCUAGGUGCGUCAAUAUUUCUGUCAUAUUAUUUUUUUCUUCUUAGAAGGCCUCUCAAAGGCUUGAAGCCUGGCGAACCAUUCUGUGACUUGAAUGGCCUUUGUUUGCCUGAGUCUCCUCUGACAUGCCCCUUUGUUAGCCUGGCCAGAGUCCCCUUCUCCCCUCUUGCUUCUGUCAAUAUUGUUGCAGUUAAUGUCUCAUCCCAGCUUUCCUUCUUUGUAAAGAAGCGAGCAAAGGAGAUAUUGAGCAGUUCAGCCUUCUGUGUGCUGUUUAUCAGUACAAUUUGUCCUUGAAUUGAACUCCAUUUCCUGGGUACUGUUUUGUCUGGUAGCUUUCAGGUCCUUUGUAAGAUUUCUGCAGCAACCACACCAGUCUCUGGGUUUUCCUGCCAUUGUGUUACAUUGGCUUGGCCCAUGAUAUUGGGCUGUAAUGAUGCUGGUUAUACCUACUUUAAUAGUAAGGAAAUUCUUUUUCACCCAUUACUUGGGUGAUCCUAUCUCUCCCCCGGCCUGCCCCCCCAAAUUAGGACAUGGUUUAACUUAUUCUGAGCCUAUUUAAAUCUCUCUCUCUCUCUCUCUAGCACACACACACACACACACACACAAGUGCGCGCACACAUACCCCUCUUUGAAGGUCAGAAACUGCCAAAAUGUCUCCCUGAUCCAGAUAUGUCAAGUGAGAGCUUUGAAAUGCCCAGGAAAAAAUCUGAGGCUAUGAGAGUGCUUGACCUUACAUUUAAGGCAAUGUUCAGAAUUGAGAAUAGGGGUGGAGGGGGAGAAAUUUGGUCCCGUUCACACUUAAAGCCAAAUCUGCUGAACUUGCACUUUCCUAAACAGUAUAAGUACCGAAACGUAGCCAUCCUUUGAAAUUUGCAUUCAUCCAGAUUUUCUCCAACCAAACAAUGUUUACAGAAACGCAUUGUAUUAGGGGAGGUUGCUGGCGGCUGCAUACAAAAAUGUGUUUGUUAAGAGAAGUUUGCACUAAAAUGCUAGUGAAUUUUCAUUAGGACUAAAAAAAUAGCAAAUUGCUGCAGAAAUAUGAAGAACUGUAUUUAAGACUGGAGAGAGGGGAAUGCAGAACUGAGGGAGCUGAACCUGAGAGACACAUCCAUCCCUAUUUGAGGAAAAGAGUAUUUUCCAUCCCUCUAGCCAUUUUCUGUGGGUACUUCUUUAGAUUCUCUCCACACACACCCAAUCUGACAGAACAGGCCUUAAAGUGGCAGCAACCAGGCAAACCAUAUGGGAGCAGGAAGAGGAGGGGAAGGGUCUAUUGCUGGGCUGUGUACUGAUUCUAUGACAUCCUAACUGAAGCUGCUAUGGCCUUGUUUCUCCUACUCUGCUGGUUCCAGAUAGUCCUCAAGUCACAGACGAGUGAGUAACAGAAUUGGGGCAGAUGGCAUAUUGCAAACAAUCACUGUGGUUCAAAACCUGAUCCAGUUAAUCUCUCUCAGUAGCAUCCCACCCCCCAUGUCGAUUUAGUGUUAUGCCAUUAACUCAGCCAUGGGGGAAGGUGCCAUCUGGAGGAACCUUGAGUCACUCCACUGAGUCGUCUUGGCUGGUGGGGGACAAUUAACAGGAUGACUCGGCACCAGCAGUCCGAGUUCAGAAGAGUUUCUCUCGGAUAACACCUGCUUGGCAGGAACUCUGUGGCCCCUUGUCUGUGACAUGCUCAAGACAUCCUACUGACAUGUAAAAGGGACGCGGGUGGCGCAAGGGAUGCGGGUGGUGCUGUGGGUUAAACCACAGAGCCUAGGACUUGCUGAUCAGAAGGUCGGCGGUUCGAAUCCCCAUGAUGGGGUGAGCUCCCAUCACUCAGUCCCUGCUCCUGUCCACCUAGCAGUUCGAAAGCACGUCAAAGUGCAAGUAGAUAAAUAGGUACUGCUCUGGCGGGAAGGUAAACGGCAUUUCCGUGCGCUGCUCUGGUUCGCCAGAAGCAGCUUAGUCAUGCUGGCCACAUGACCCGGAAGCUGUACGCCGGCUCCCUCGGCCAGUAAAGCAAGAUGAGCGCUGCAACCCCAGAGUCGGUCACGACUGGACCUAAUGGUCAGGGGUCCCUUUGCCUUUACCUACUGACAUGUAAAUAUGCAACCCUGCCUAGGAGCUAAAAUUCAGGAGAUUAAUCUUCACACACCUUGGACCACCAAUUUAGAAGCAACUCUCCCUUCUUUCCCAAAGCUCAUGUCUGCAUUUAAUAAAAAGGCUUCCUCACUCUUCCUCAUCCAAACCCAACUUUUUCCUCGCACAUUCCGAUGAAUCCCAGACAGACAGAUUAACCGCAGACAAGAGUAACACAGGAAUCGCUGUACAGUGUGUAUGGUUUUAUUUUUCACUUUAUUGUGGCAAAAAUAACAGGUCGCACAGUCAAAUAGAAACAAUUCUGUAGCCAUGUAAAACUUCUCUAGCUCAUAAACUAAGCUGUCAGGAAGAUCUGUCAGGGAGCCCCAAUUUCUCCUUAGAAAAUAGCAGAGAUGGAAUCGUAAUAGAAUGCUAACAUUUCAUGAUGACAGAAGAAAUUAUACAGGGAGUUGAAUCCUUCAGAAGAACCGUCCAAUAUUGCCCCAAUGGUUCCCACCUUUACGUUGUCAGGAAACUCAAGUGUAUUUUGAUAGCUUCAUUUGUAAACAUAGAAUAGCAAGAUGGAUUAUGCUGAAAUCAUAUCAAACACCAACAUUCCAUAAUGGUAGGACGGAUUAUGCUAAACUGAUGGGAGAUUGAACAGGAAGGCUGCUCAACCCGGGUACUUCCCACCUUUUCAAAAUACCAGGAAAUCCAAAUGUCUUUCAAACGUAACUUAUGUAAAUAAAAGUAUCUCCAAGUAUUGUCUUUUCUAGACUAAAUGAUCAGACCUAUUUUUGAAUGUUCUUAGAUGUGUUCCUUUGUAAAUGGAGGUAAUUAAUUGGUUUAAGACAUUUACAUGUCUUAAAGAGGCAGGGGUGUAAAAAGUAUAAAAAGUUUAUGUUUGUAACAUGGAGCUGCCUUCCUUUUCCUGCAACAUUGGUCUUGUUAGCAGACAAUAAAAGUUAUCCUUUAU